AUGUCUCUGGAAAAACCUGCUCGGCUCCAGGUGGAUCCCGAAACGAUCGUGGACGAUGAUAAGCCUCCACAGACAGGACACACAUUCAAUAUUUGGUACUUGAAGUGGGCUGGUGGAGACUCCAGCUCCCGCAACUACAUCAAACUGAGGUUUCGUGUUAACAUUAAACGAGAUUCAGGAUACACAAAGGCAUCAUCCAAUAGCCCCAUAUGCCUUUUCUUUGCUAGGGGGUGCUGCUACAAGGGCAAGAAGUGCUCAUAUUUGCACCGCCUUCCGUCGGAGCUGGACUUUGGUAUUCCCACCCAAGAUUGCUUUGGGCGAGACAAAACGGCGGAUUACAAGGACGAUAUGAGUGGCGUGGGUCUGUUGUCCCGCACCAACAGAACUUUGUAUGUGAGCGGUAUCCAUGUUUCUGACGACACAGACAGCAUUUUGACUCGACAUUUCCUGGAAUUUGGUGCCAUUGACAAAAUCAAGGUUUUGCACGGAAAAGGAUCCGCUUUCGUGAGUUUCAGGCUGGAGGCUGAAGCUCAAUUUGCCAAAGAGGCUAUGGAUGCUCAGUCUUUAGACGGUUCUGAGGUUCUUAGUGUGCGCUGGGCUAACGAGGAUCCAAAUCCAAAUGCGCAAGAAGAAACGAAAAGAGUCGCCGAGGAGCGGGCGAUGGAAGCAGUAAAGCGAUUACUAAAGAAACAAAAGGUUCAAAAAAGCCUGCCGAAAAUAGAGGAGAAGCCCAUGAAAUCAGAGAGUAAAAAAAAUGAUGCUAAGAGACAGAUCACAACAUCAGAGACAGAGGAGGGUAAACUGGGCCUCUUGGGUGCUGGUCGUCUCGAAGCUUUGCGGAAAUUGCAGAAAAAACAACCUACAGAACUCGCUACUCGUCCUUUAUUGGAUGGCUAUUCAAGCGACUAG